AUGAGUGGCAAUGACCUCGCAGCUCUGGGACCAGAGCUGCUGACAUUGAGCAGCCCGCGCAUGCUUCUGGCCAGGAACAACCGGCUGGGCGGCCCAGGCUUGCUGCCCAAGGGCCUGCUUGGCCCAUUCGCUGCUCUGCUGCAACCUCCAGGUGCUCAACCUCAGCUGCAGCAGCUUCCAGGAGCUGCCCGCCUAGCUGCUGGAGCUGCCAGAGUCUAUGGGGCUGUGACUCGACACCGAGUCACAGGGACAGUGGAUACUGAGGUAAUUGUCUAUUUCAUGGCUCACAUGAGGGAACUGAGGGUGGACCUGCUGUCCCUCUACUCUGGCCACUACUCCUUUGGCAUGUACUGCAUGUUGUUCCUGGCGCUGUACGUGCAGGCCCGGCUCUGCUGGAAGUGGGCCCGCCUGCUGAGGCCCACCUUUCAGUUCUUCUUGGUGGCUUUUGCCAUCUAUGUGGGCUAUACCCGAGUGUCUGACCACAAGCACCACUGGAGUGAUGUCCUCGUCGGCCUCCUGCAGGGAGCCCUGGUGGCCUGCCUCACAGUCCGCUAUGUUUCAGAUUUCUUCAAAUCCCGGCCGCCCCAGCCCUGCCAGGAGGGUGAAGAGCCAGAGCGCAAGCCCAGUCUGUCGCUGACGCUGACCCUUGGUGACCGACCCUAGCUGCUAUGGAAGCUGGAAAGUCACCCGUGGGCCAGUCAUGUGUUGGCCCCAUGCCCCUGAUCAGGCACUCCUGGCUUUGGAGCUGUCCCGGGGUCCUGGCUGGUGACUGUGGACCAGGGUCUUGGGUGCCUGUGUGGCCCUGAGUGUGGGCAGGGCCCAUCGUCAGCAUUCCUUGACUCUCACAUGGCCUCAAAAGAUGCGGUCCUGCUCGGAGGGCUUCUCUGGUCACCAGUGGAUUUUCGAGGAGGGCCAUCCCAGCAUGGCCCCGGGAAUGGUUGGCCUGAGACUGUUCACGAAGUCAGCACCCUCCCUGACAGCC